AAUCAUUGAAAGAGAACAGAGCAAGGCGUUAAUACUUGCUUCACGAAACAUGAUUGAUGCCAUCACGUCAGAAACUAAGCUUGUCAUUACUCAGAGCAAGAACACACGUCCUAAUCCACAAGGAACUGAGUUAAUGAUUCUGCAUCUGGUCAGGACCAGAGGUUUAAUCAUUUCGACUUACGGCGCUGUCAUUGUCUAUUUGAGUGGAUCCCCUCAAGAGCUUUACGAAGAAAUAUUGAACCAUAUUAUGAGUCUAGCACCGGCACUGAAGCAAGUAAACACGGUGUUCACCAAUGAAACAAUUGCUCCAGCUGUACGCGCCGUCCUUCCAAGUGUUGUUACCAGGAUACUGUGGCUCGACUUUGUGAGGUAUUUCAGUGAUUUAUGGGUGAGAAGUGGCUUGGGAAAUGCUCCCAUUGAGAGCCUUCAAUACUCAUGGACUCUAGGUCUAUGUACAGAAGAAAAGUACAAAGAUGGACUCGAAUUUAUGACUAGUAAAGUGGCUGAGCAAAUUCCCGAGUUUCCACAACUGGCAAUCUUUUUCCAUUUCUUCAAAGAAGGUUGGCCGCUGUGCAUGAGAACCCUGGUAACACCCCUCGAAAGACUUCAACUGGAUCAAAGAACAGAAGCUCUUACCCGGUUCGUGGCUGCUACAAUUGGAAGCGAGAAGCAGAACGUUGAAAAACUGGCUGGUCAAUUAGAUGAGACGUUGAGGGCAGAAAAAGAACUGAUGGUGGUCUUUUCGACGAAGGAAAAAUGUGUAGACAAAGACAGAACCAGUCCUUACAUAACAAGCCUGGACAUGAACAUUUACCGUAUUGCAGACAGAGAGUGCCGGACUGGGAGAGCGCCAGUGCCAAGCUUCUUCCUGAAGUGCCUGCGUCCUUCGUUAGUGAAAGCCUUGGUAAAAAUGACGGAUAUUGGGAAUGGAUCUGAUAGAGCAGAUCAGCGAAAUAAUAAUGAGAAACGACCACUGAAUUUCGUACGAUUGAAGAGAACACGUCUGAACAGUGCAGUAGCAGACCCUUCAUUACAUUCCACAAUUCAUUAUGAGAAAAGGAAUGAUGAAUUUUCUGAGUUAGAGUUGCCAUCGACGAGUGCAUAUGAUGCUGAAUGUAAUAAUAUGGAGUAUCUGUCGCAAAGUUCCCUCAAUGAAGACUACUCAGACAUGGAAGUCGAUUCAUCUUCUGAUGAACAGUCAUUGUUCGAAUUUAACGGGUUGCAAUUGAUCCCAAAAAAUAUCCAAAAGUGAACACGUGCUGGUCACUGAUAAAAACUAUGUCAGAGUUUAUGAAGAGAUGAAAUUUAUCA